AUGGAGAUUUCUUCAGGCUUGUGCCUUAUUCUGUUUGCCCUCGUCUUUCUCGAUGGCAAAUUGUUUUCCGGUGCGAGUUUGGGUAGGCUGGCUUUGCUCUUGCCAGCGAGUCACAGGGCCGCAGAUGGUGGCGGCGGUGGGUGGGAGCCAGGCUGUUUGGGUCGGCUUCCUUUUCAGGUGGUUUCUUCCUCUGACGAAGGCUUGGCGUCUAGUGGAGGCGUUGGCAGAGGUGGUUGGUCUGGUUCUCUGGUGGCGAAGACUGGUUUUGCUGGUGGAUGUUCGGGCUCCGUUGAUGGAGGCUCUACCCUCGUUUUGCCGCUCUGUGGAGGCGGGGGUGGUAGGAUCGAUUCUGAUGGCGGUGGGGGAAUGGCCGGAUCGGAUAUCAAGGCGGGUGUUGGUGGAUUUGAUUUUGAAGGCUGGGACCUGGGUCGGUGGGUUUUGGGGAUUGACCGGGUUGACUUGAUUGGGAAUUGUAAUGGCGGUGGGGCUGCUGGUUGUCCUGCCGGGUUUCUGACCGGCUUCGGUGACGCAGGCAGGAUCUGUGGCGGCGGUUCUGCAGGAGCUGAAGACGGGAUGCUUGCUAGGUUUGGGUCUGCAUUCUUUUUCACGAAAGGGUGUUAG